AUGGUGGUGUUGAGAAUAUACAAUAUCUCCAUCAGCAGGCCCCACAAAGCAAAUGACUUGAGAUGGGAAGCUAUCCAAGCUGUCAGAGCGAGAGAUGGAAUUCUGGGGUUAGGUCAUUUCAGAUUGCUAAAGAGGUUAGGCUGUGGUGAUAUUGGGAGUGUCUAUCUCUCAGAGUUGAGUGGUGCGGGUGCCAAAUGUUAUUUUGCAAUGAAGGUUAUGGACAAAGGGUCUCUAGCAAGUCAUAAAAAGCUUCUUCGUGCUCAGACAGAACGAGAGAUACUGCAGUCUCUGGAUCAUCCCUUCCUUCAACAUUAUACAACAUUAUACACCCACUUUGAGACGGAUAAAUUUUCAUGCUUGGUAACUCUUCGGCAGAGGCAGCCAGGAAAGCAUUUCUUUGAGCAGGCAGUAAAAUUCUAUGUUGCAGAGGUCCUGCUAUCUCUGGAAUACCUGCACAUGCUUGGGAUUGUGUACCGCGACCUUAAGCCAGAAAAUGUCCUGGUGAGGGAAGAUGGACAUAUAAUGCUCUCCGAUUUUGACCUCUCACUCCGUUGUGCUGUUAGUCCAACACUAGUCAGAACCUCUUCAAUGGAGUUGGAGCCCUUGCGGAAAAACCCAGCUUCCAUUGAGCCACCUUCCUGCAUCCAACCAUCCUGCAUUACUCCUACAACAACGUGCUUCUCACCCCGUCUGUUUUCUAGCUAGUCCAACAAGGACAAAAAACUGAAAAACGAUAUUAAUAACAAAGGAAGACCAUUACCUGAGCUCAUGGCAGAACCAACGGAUGCCCGGUCUAUGUCAUUAUUGGGAGUUGGGACUCAUGAGUAUUUGGCACCUGAGAUUAUCAAGGGUGAAGGUCAUGGAAGUGCUGUUGAUUGGUGGACAUUUGGAAUCUUUUUGUAUGAGCUGCUGUUUGGUAAGACUCCUUUCAAGGGUUCUGGGAAUCGAGCAACACUGUUCAAUGUGGUUGGUCAGCCCCUGCGGUUUCCAGAAUCACCAGUUGUGAGUUUUGCCGCAAGAGACCUGAUCAGGGGAUUGCUUGUGAAGGAACCGCAGAACAGAUUGGCAUGCAAACGAGGGGCGACUGAGAUAAAGCAACACCCUUUUUUUGAAGGUGUGAAUUGGGCAUUGAUACGUUGUGCAACCCCGCCUCAGAUCCCAAAACCUGUUGAGACGGAGCUUUUCGAGGUGGGAAAACGGAUCCUUCUCAGAGAACAAUCAGGAAGCCCCGGUGUCGAACCAUAG